UAAACGCGCGGGGAAACGGGGGCGGCCGGAGGCCUUCCUUCCCUUCUUCCUUCCGUGUCGCUCUGAAGGACAGAGCGGACACGAAGGAGAGAAAGAGAUGCGAGCAAGGGACGACGCGCCAAUGGAGAGGAGGAUGAUCGCUGCCGCCCGUCGCUUCUUAUUCUUCGACCCGUCUUCUUCCUCGCUUCUGCUGUGCCUCCUGCUCUCGCUCCUCUCAGCCAACAAUGGCAUUGUAUCGGCGGCGAAUGCGCCACUCAAGUUCGGCAUCAACUACGGCCAGAUAGCGAACAACCUCCCGCACCCGGCGCAGGUGUCCGGCCUCAUCCGGUCGCUCAACGUCAAUAGGGUCAAGCUCUAUGACGCCGACCCGGCCGUCCUCACGGCCUUCGCCGGCACAGGCGUCGAGUUCACCAUCAGCAACGGGGACCUCCUCAAUAUGUCCGACGCCGGCAACGCGCGCGCAUGGGUGGCGCAGAACGUCCAGCCCUUCCUCCCGGACACCCGCAUCACCUGCGUCAUCCUCGGCAACGAGGUGCUCUCCGGCACAGACGCGGCCGCCAUGCAGAGCCUCCUCCCCGCCAUGCAGGCCGUGCACCAGGCGCUGGUGGACCUGGGCCUCGACGGCCAGGUGAACGUGUCGACGUCCCAGUCCGUCAACGUGCUCGCCAGCAGCUACCCGCCGUCGGCCGGCGCGUUCCGGGAGGAGGUCGUGCAGUACAUGCGGCCGCUGCUGGACUUCCUCGCCGAGGUCGGCUCGCCGUUCCUGAUCAACGCGUACCCGUUCUUCGCCUACAAGGCCAGCCCCGGGAGCGUGUCGCUGCCGUAUGUGCUGUUCGAGCCCAACCCCGGUGCGCACGACCCCGGCACCAACCUCACCUACGACAACAUGCUCUACGCCCAGAUCGACGCCGUGUACGCGGCCAUGGAGGCCAUGGGGCACAAGGACAUCGCCGUGAGGAUCUCCGAGACCGGGUGGCCGUCCGCCGGGGACGCCGACGAGGUGGGCGCCACCGUGCAGAACGCCGCCACGUACAACGGGAACCUCAUGAAGAGGGUCGCGGCGGGCCAGGGGACGCCGCUGAGGCCGGACGUGCCCGUGGACGUGCUCGUCUUCGCCCUGUUCAACGAGAACAUGAAGAACGGGCAGGCGUCCGAGAGGAACUACGGGCUGUUCUACCCCAACGGCACGUCGGUGUACGACCUCGGGUUCGACGCGGCGUCGUUCAGCCCGUCGCCGAGGGCAUCGGGGUUUUCCUCUUCUUCCAAGCCGACGAUGCAGAUGUCUUUUCCGGUGGGGGUGGUUGUCCUGCUUGCAGCAUUUCUCUUGUAAUCACCAUCGACAAGUAUAUUUAGGCAUUUAGCUAUUGUGAUUGGUUACUAACCGAUAGUUCAGUUUGUGCCAACAUGCAUGGCACAUGAGAUCAGCUGAUCGUACAUUGUUCUCGCACUAGGUAAGCUUAUCUUGAUUCUUGACCA